AUGGAAUAUCAUAUGCAAUACAAUUCCAAGCUUCCUAUAAGCGAUGAAAAAGAGUCUUUUAUGGAAAAGGGGAAUUAUGGUAAGGUAAAUUUAAAAAAAAAGAAGCACUACCUUAUCGCUCUGUCCGUUUUAGUUAUUUGCAUAUUCGCAUGUACUACAUUUUACUUUUCAAAAUCCGCAAAAAAUGAUGAUCUGUAUAAACAGACACUCGAGGGAAAUGCGAAUGAUGAUUACAUAAUUAAUUUCAUAUUAAGAACAAAAAAUGGAAAAAAAUUCAUUGCAUCCAAAUUGCAAGAGUUAAUAUUAAAUUAUGACAAAAAAAAUGACAAUCGCGAAAAUAAAACUACAUCUCAGAGGUUUGUAAAAGAGAAAAAAUGUAAUGAUGGUCGAUGUGGUAUUAGUCCAUAUGGAAAAAAUGUACCAAAUGUGGGAAUAAUACCCAAUCCGAAUGCUUUGAAUACCCACAUUGACACCCAAUUCAUGAUGUCCAACUUAGAAUCGUUGAACCAAUUUUACAUGUUUAUAAAAAAACAUGGAAAGGAAUACAAAACCCCUGAUGAAAUGCAACGAAGAUUUAUGGCUUUCUCUGAAAAUUUAAAAAAUAUUCAAACACAUAACAGCAAUCCGAACAAGCUAUACAAAAAAGGAAUGAACCAUUUUGGAGAUCUAACAUUUGAAGAAUUUCAAAAGAAAUAUUUAACAUUGAAAAAGAUUGAUUUUAAAACCAAUGUAAAUAAAAUGCCAAGAUUUAAAGAUUACGAAGAUAUAAUUACUAAGUACAAACCAGAAGAUGGAACCUUUGAUUAUGUUAAACAUGAUUGGAGAGAAUUAAAUGCAGUUACACCUGUUAAGAAUCAACAUAUGUGUGGUGCAUGCUGGGCCUUUAGCACAGUAGGAACUGUCGAAUCCCAGUAUGCUAUUAGAAGGAAUGAAUUAGUCUCCUUAAGUGAACAAGAAAUGGUUGAUUGCUCCUUUAAAAAUUAUGGUUGUAAUGGAGGUACCAUCCCACUAGCUUAUGAAGAUAUGUUAGAUUUGGGAGGUUUAUGUAAAGAAAAUGAAUAUCCAUAUGUUGAUAUAACACCAGAAUUAUGUGAUAUUGAUAGAUGCAAGAAUAAAUAUAAAAUUACGACAUACACAGAAAUUCCUCAACUUCGAUUUAAGGAAGCAAUUAAAUUUAUAGGACCAAUAAGUGUAAGUAUUUGUGCAAGUAACGAUUUUUCUUUCUAUGAAGGAGGUAUUUUUGAUGGUCCAUGUUCAAUUUCAGCUAAUCAUGCCGUUAUUUUAGUUGGUUAUGGUAUGGAAGAGGUAUAUGAUGCUAUGACAAAAAAAAAUUUAAAACAUUAUUACUAUCUGAUUAGAAAUUCUUGGGGAGAUAAAUGGGGAGAAAAGGGAUAUAUGAAAAUUGAAACAGAUGAAUUCGGAUUACAAAAGACUUGCGGUCUAGGUGAACAAGCCUUCAUUCCUUUAAUUGAUGAAUUUUAA